UGUGUGUACGUCACUCCAUGGUUUCCCUGGGUGAUUUCUGCCGUAAAGCAGCAAGUUUCGACGCAAAGCAUGAACCAAUAGCGCUAGCGGUACGCUACAGAAACAGCCGCCCCGACAAGCAAAAAAAGCGAAAACAGGAACAAGUGAUUAUUACAUCGUUUAUGUAGUGUCAUCGCUGCAUAUGUUUUUUUUUAUUGUUAUCCUAGUCGUAUUUUCCAUCUUCAACAUGAAGAUGUAGUUUGCGAGAGCAAAGAGUCACAUACGCAUAUUUUCUCUUACGUUAUUUGACAGCAGCUAAGGCAAUGCUUCCAUCGUUAUAGACAAGACGAGCUAGCGUCGUGCGCUAACCUCUGCUAGCACUCCUCUAUAGCGUGAACUAGCCGAUCUGAACGUUCAUACUAGAUCAAUAUUCCACCUAAACCGUACUGAAACCUUGCCAAUCUAGUUACCUUAUCGCUCAUCUAUUUUGAGUUACUGUUAACGUUACGUUAACAAUGCUGACGCAGAACAUUUAGUUAGCAUAUCAAUGUGACCGACAUGCCUUCAAUCUAUGACAAACUGCGGGGUUAUUUUUAAUCAUUGGCAAGCGUGAGUAAAUGUAAUGUUAUGUCGUAUCGUAGUUGUGACGGAAAGGAACACCGAUAGCAUCACCAAGCUAACGUUAACUGCGUGCAAGCAGAUCAUGAACCCCAGUUGGCCAACACCUUAGCUGGCUAAUUAAGUAGCUAAGUAAGUAGCACAUAUCUGCUACUUUGUUUAUUACAUUCAAAGUUGGAGGCACAAAGUUGGAGGAAUACGUGCUGAAAUGGCGUCAGAAGAGGCCUCGCUGCGUGCGCUGGAGAGCCUCAUGACAGAGUUCUUUCACAGCUGCACGACCAAUGAGCGGAAGAGAGAGAUAGAAGAACUGCUGAAUAACUUUGCGCAGCAGACGGGAGCAUGGCGUCACUGCUUGUUCUUCCUGUCCAAUACUCGGAAUGAGUAUGUUAUGAUGUACAGCCUUACAGUAUUCGAGAACCUGGUGAAUAAGCAGUGGCUAGGUGUGGCUUCCCAGGACAAGAUGGAGAUCCGAAACUGUUUGCCAAAGUUGCUGCUGGCCCAGCACAAAGUCAUGCCGUACUUCAUCCGCAACAAGCUCUGCAAAGUCAUCGUGGACAUCGGUCGCCAGGACUGGCCAAUGUUUUACCAUGACUUCUUCACAAACAUCCUGCAGUUGAUCCAGUCUCCUGGCCUGGCAUCCCUGGGCUUGGUGUUGCUGAAGACCACGUCAGAGGAGCUGGCCUGCCCUCGGGAAGACCUGAGUGUGGCCCGGAGAGACGAGCUCCGCAAGCUGUUGCUGGAGCAGGUGCCCACGGUGCUGGGACUGCUGACGGGUAUCCUGGAAUCCUACUGGGACAAGCACAACGUCAUGGGAACAACUCCCCCACCCUCGCCCACCUCUGGAGAAGAUGUGGAGUUGCUGGGCAGCCUCUUCCAGGGAAGCCAGUAUUCCAAACUGCUCUGCCAGCCCAUGGCCGAGCUGGACCAGGACAGCCACCAGCUGUGCUGCUUGGUGCUAGAGAGCCUGGCCCACCUGUUCAGCUGGAUCCCCCUGUCCACCAGCAUCACCCCCACCCUGCUGGCCUCCAUCUUCCACUUCGCCCGCUUCGGCUGCGACCUCAGAACCAAGGCCAAGCCCGACCCUUUCAUCUCCUCCUCCAACGGCCCGCCGUCGUCCAACGGGGACGGGCGGAGCCUCCCCCAGAGUGCGGAGGGCAAGCAGGACCGCGCCCGCCUGGGGGUGCUGGCCAUGACCUGCGUCAACGAGCUGGUUUCCAAGAACUGCGUGCCGCUGGACUUUGAGGAGUACCUGCUGCGCAUGUUCCAGCAGACCUUCUUCCUGUUGCAGAGGCUGACGCGGGAGAACAACUCCCACACGGUGAAGGGCAAGCUACAGGAGCUGGACGAGUGUUAUUUGGAAAAGUUCACUGAUUUCCUGCGGCUGUUUGUCAGUGUCCACCUGAGGAGGAUAGAGUCGAGUCCUCAGUUCCCAAUUGUAGAGUUCCUAGCAUUGCUGUUCAAGUACACCUUUAACCAGCCCAACCAUGAAGGCUACUUUGCCUGUUUGGAAAUAUGGACUGUUUUCUUGGAUUUCCUCACAACGAAGAUCAAAAGUAGACUGGCUGACAGAGAGAGUGUUUUAAACCGGUACAAAGACGCCCUGGGUCUCCUACUCAGAGAGGUUCUGAACAGAAUCCAGUUCAGGUACAACCAGGCCCAGCUGGAGGAGCUGGAUGAUGAGGCUCUCGAUGAUGACCAACAGACGGAGUGGCAGCGGUACCUACGCCAGAGUCUGGAAGUGGUUGCCAAGGUGAUGGAGCUGCUUCCAUCCCAUGCAUUUACUACUUUGUUUCCCAUCCUUCAGGAGAACCUGGAUGUGUAUCUGGGUCUGCAGCAGUUCAUUGUCACCACAGGAACAGUCGGGAGGCUGAACAUCUCGGCGGAGAACGACUGCCGGAGGCUGCACUGCUCGCUGCGUGACCUCAGCUCCCUGCUCCAGGCGGUGGGACGCCUCUCAGAGUACUUCAUCGGCGACGUCUUCGCCUCGCGCUUCAACGACGCCGUGGCAGUCGUGGAGAGGUUGGUUGAGGUGACGUGCUACGGUUCCCAGAGUAGCCUGUACGACCUGGAGACUGCUGUGCCUUCUGUCCUCAAACCAGACCUCAUUGAUGUCCACGCACAGGCCCUCGCUGCCCUGCAGGCCUACUCCCAUUGGCUGGCCCAGUUCUACAGUGAAGUCCAGCGGCAAAACCAGAGCCGCUUCGUGAGCCUCAUCACCUCAGCCGUGGAUGCCAGCAGCCCUCUCCUCACUCCUAAGGUGCCGGAGAAGCUCCUCCUCUCUGCCUGCCACCUGCUGGUCUCCAUGGCGUCAACGGUACGACCAGUCUUCCUGGUGUCACUGCCCGCCAUCCAGAGCACCUUCCGCCUCAUCACGGAAAACAACUCUCCAGGGCUCCCACCGGAGGCCCACAUGCUGGUGUGCAGGGCUCUGUCCAACAUGCUGCUGCUACCCUGGCCGAGCCUGCCGGAGAGCGAGCAGCAGUGGCAGACGCGCUCCAGUAGCCACGCCAGCCUGGUGGCGGCCCUGACCCGGGACUACCGCACGCUGAGGGGCACCACCAGCCUGCCCCAGGGCAGCACUGAGCUAGGCAACAUGAAGGCGGUGAUGCAGCAGACUCUUCCGGUUCUCCGAGAGGUCGUGGACAGCAUCUCGGGGGAAUCCACCAAAUCUCGCCAGAUCUGUUACCAAAGCCUGCAGGAGUCGGUCCAAGUGUCCCUCGCCCUGUUCCCAGUAUUUAUUCAGCAUCCUGAUGUGACGGACGAGAUGUUGAGCUUCUUCCUGACACUGUUUCAAGCCCUGAGGGUCCAAAUGGGAGUUGCCUUCACAGGACAAAUCAUACACACCUUCCUGAGCAUGUUCACCAGGGAGCAGCUGGCGGCCAGCAUACUGCAGGAGGGCAGCGCGGGGUGCAGGGUGGUGCAGAAGUUCUUGAAGAUACUGCAGGUGGUGGUGCAAGAGCCGGGCCAGGCCUUCAAGCCCUUCCUGCCCAACAUCCUGUCCCUAUGCAUGGAGCAGGUGUACCCCAUCGUGGCAGAGCGGUCUUCACCGGACAUUAAAGGGGAGCUGUUUGAGCUCCUCUACCAAGUUCUCCACCAGAACUGGAGGUACUUCUUCAAGACAUCUGUCCUGGCGAGUGUCCAGAGGGGUGUAGCAGAAGACACCAUGGAGAAUGAGGCUCAGUUCACUGCUGCCAUGCAGGCGUUUGGGCAGUCAUUCCUGCAGCCAGACAUUCACAUCUUCAAGCAGAAUGUGUGCUACCUGGAGGCCCUGAACAGCAAGCACAAACUGUACCACAGAAAGCUGUUCCGGACCUCCAUGCUGUUCCACUUCAUCAACGUGCUGCUGCAGGUGCUGCUCCACAAGAGCCACGACCUGCUGCAGGAGGAGAUCACGCUCGCCGUCUACAACAUGGCCGCUGUCGACUUUGACGCCUUCUACUCCGGCUUCAUGCCCGAGUUCCUCACAGGCUGCCAAGGCGUAGACUCCAACCAGCGGACUGUCCUGGCGCGCAACUUCAAGCUUGAGCGGGACCUGCCAUCCUUCACUCAGAGUGUACACAGGCUAGUGAACGACCUGCGCUACUACAGACUGUGCAACAGCAGCCUGCCUACAGGCACCAUCAAGCUAUAACACAUGCAGACAGACACACAGAUUAGCCCAUUGGUGCCGACCACUUAGGCCAACGUGCCCCCCCCCCCCCCACCACGUGGCCUGGGUUCAAGUCUGGGGUCAUACCUGCCAGCAGAAGAAGGCUCUUCUGUCACGGAGGGGUUCGUUGGAGACUGAUGACGAUGCUGCUGUUGUUUUUUUAUUAUUAUUAUUUCUGCUGUAGGACUAAUUAUUUUUGUUCUUUGAAAGUGGGGCCCUCUUUCGCGUCCCUCGACGCCAACACAGCGACUUGAGGCGCAAAGAGCCAUCUGAGCCAGGCCCCUUUUUUACCCACGAUGCAUCUGCGAGACCAGCCCCGGCUGGGACUGAGCACUUUCCGACUCGAUUAGAGUUAUUUUAUCGAUAAGUCUGCUUUUAUUGAUCUUGAGUUUUAUUUUUCUUCAUCUCCAAAGGAGACUUAAUCUCUUUCAUAUCAUUCCAUUCUGAUGCGGAGAAAAUGUGCUUGAUAAAUAAAGUGUCUAAUGUUUUUUAAA